UUCAGUAAAAGUAGUAUUUUAAUGGAUCACAUGAAGAUCCACACUGGCGAAAGGCCGUACUUGUGCAACACCUGCGGAAAAUCGUUUAGAAAAUUAUCAACAAUCGAAAAGCAUAAAAUGAUCCACAUGUGCGAGAAGCUCUAUGUCUGCAAAACAUGUGGAAAAAGUUACAGGCAAAAUUCCAGCCUGGUGAUUCACUCGAGGACCCACACCGGCGAAAGGCCAUACCUGUGCAACACCUGCAGCAAAACUUUUACUUCAUUUUCACAUCUUAAACGCCACAUAACCACGCACACGAGCCAGAAGCCCUACAUCUGCAAAACAUGUGGAAAAAGUUACGCAGAACGUUCCGGCCUGCUGGUUCACUCGAGGAUCCACACUGGCGAAAAGCCGUACCUGUGCAACACCUGCGGCAACGCCUUUACUCAAUCAUCACUUCUUAAACGCCACAUAACCACGCACACGGGCGAGAAGCCCUACAUCUGCAAAACAUGUGGAAAAAGUUACAGGCUACGUUCCACCCUGGUGGUUCACUCGAGGACCCACACUGGCGAAAAGCCGUACCUGUGCAACACCUGCGGAAAAACCUUUACUGAAUCAUCAACUCUUAAACGGCACAUAACCACGCACAUGGGCGAGAAGCUAUAUUUGUGCAAGACGUGCAACAAAGGUUUUAGCCGCAGAAUUCAUUUGCUGAGUCACAUGAAAAAUCACCCGGAGGAGAAGUCUGGUGACUUGUGACAAAUGAAGUUCAUGUUGUCGUCCUCCGGGGGCAGCUGUCCACUCCUGUCUGACCCACAGAAGAAGAACCCGCAGAAGUCCAACCACCACCUCCUGUGGCUGAUGAGCCUAAUCCCCUCCCCACAAGGGUUGCAGGUUCAACCCGGAUUUAUGCUUCUCUGUGAACUUGACGCAGAGGGAACGAUGUGUAUACUUUUUUUUUAAAGUUCUGCAUUGAGUUUGUUUGAAUCCCUGUUCCUUCUUAAAAUCGUUAGUAUUCAAUUCAAUUUUAUUUAUAUAGCGUCUAAUACAACAAAAGUUGUCUCUAUACGCUUUCCAGAGACCCAUACCCAGAACAUGACCCCCGAGCAGUUAUUACAUAAACAAUGGCAGGUAAAAACUCCCCUAGUGGGAGAAAAACCUUAAGCCUAACAGUGGCAAGAAAAAACUCCCCUUUAGGAGGGAAGAAACCUUGAGCAGGACCAGGCUCAUAAGGGGGGACUCCUGCCGAGGGCCAGACUGGGGGUCAGGGACGGCAACAGCACAGCAGGCAGGUGGAAGCAGCAACGGGAUGACCCGGGGUGGGGACCGCAGGCCAGCAUGCAGCUCCCGAAGCUCCGGCCCAAUCAUCAAGUCCCAGGUUGGGGUGCAGGGUCGGGGAAAGGUUGAAAAGGGGCAGGGCCAGGGAAAGGAGUCUUGAGGGACAAACUUUCUCCCCCGCCCAAAAGGGGCCGUUACCCUGCCCCCCUCACUCCCACACUGCAGGAUCCGGUGUUUUGCAUUCAGAGAUGCUCUUCGCCACCGGCAGAGGAUGCUGCAACAUGGACAAAAGAGAAAAAAGAGAAGAGAAGGGGGUGCCAGCACAAGAAACUAGAGGAGCGACUCUAACACACUAGAGUUUACACUACCUAGAGAUUUACCAACACCAGCUAGAGGUUUACUGAACACUAACUAUAGGCUUUACUAAACAGAAAUGUUUUAAGUUUAGUUUUAAAGGUGGAGGUGGUGUCAGCCUCCUUAACCCAGAUUGGAAGUUGGUUCCAUAGUAGUGGUGCCUGAUAGCAGAAUGCCCGCCCUCCAAAUCUACAUUUAGAUACUCUAGGAACUACGAGUAAACCUGCACUCUGAGAACAGAGAGCUCUGACAGGAACAUAAGGCACUAUCAGGUCUUACGAAUAAUGCGGAGCUAAGCCGUUUUGGGCUUUAUAUGCAAGUAAUAAAAUUUUAAAUUGGAUUCUGAAUUUUACGGGUAACCAAUGGAGCGACGCCAACACUGGAGACACGUGGAGAGACAUUGUUGCUGUUGGUAACUUGCCGUCUCCACGGUGCUAAUAAAGAGCUGUUAGUAUUUGCUGAAGUUUCUUUAAAUGUGACAGUUUAUUUCGUUCAUCUACAAAGCCUCUCUCACACGUCCUUUUUCCCAUCUGUUUCUUCUUCACUCACAUUCUAUUUGUAAAGUUAAUCUGCAGCUCCAUGUUGUUAAACUCUCUCCAUCAACUCCGUUCAGAGGUUAUAUAUUGUGAUGAUAUACAUAGUUCGCUGAAAACUGUAAAAGGCUUUAUGCAUUUUAAAAUCUGAGCUGCACGUACAUAAGAUUAUCGUGAUAAUUCAUGGGACAAACUAAG